AUGGUUUUGUCAGAACUUCAAUCUCUUCAGGUGUCUACUAAAUCAUUCCAACCCUCUCAGGAUAUCAAUCCCUUUUCUCUUGAAGAAUCCUCAAACACAGCCAACAAACCCAACCACCAUCAACUGAAACUUUUCUUCCCGAAAUUUGAUGGAGAGGACCCGCAGGGAUGGGUGUGCAAAGCAGAACAAUAUUUUGAGUUCCAAGGAGUUCCUGCUAACCAACAAGUUACGUUGGCAUCAUUCCAUUUGGAGGGAUUGGCCCUCCAAUGGCAUAGGUGGUUCAUGAAAUUUCGUGGGCCAGUAUCUUGGAAAGAGUUUACAAAAGCCAUUCUCCUACGCUUUGGACCAACUGAAUUCGAAGAUCCUUCCGAAUCUUUGACUCGUCUACAACAGACCACCACAGUAGAGGCUUACCAGGAGAAUUUUGAGAAAUUAUCCCACCGAAUUGACGGAUUGCCGGAAUCGUUUUUAAUUGGGUGUUUUAUUGCAGGCUUAAGAGAUGACAUUCGCUUAGAUGCUAAAAUCAAACAUCCACCAACUUUGACCGAAGCCAUAGGGGUGGCUCACCUAAUUGAGGAACGAAAUCUCCUGCAAAGGAAACUUCCACAAUUCCAUCGUUCACCAACGCCUUCAACUCGAACACAGGAAAAUUCCACGGAGGGAUUACUUGGACCUCCACCUUCUCAAAAAUCCACAUCCAACAUCACUUCCACUACUUUCCGACGUAUAACCCCACAAGAAACUCGUGAACGACGUGAAAAAGGCUUGUAUUAUUACUGUGACGAAAAAUUUGUUUCUGGCCAUCGUUGUGCCCGACCUCAGCUCUUCAUGAUAGGCGAUGAUGUUGAGACCAUUGAAGGAAAUCUGGAAGACACGGCAACAGAGGAGCUUGAAGGAACUACACCCGAAAUCUCGUUCCAUGCCAUAGCGGGUACGAAUCAUCCGCAAACAAUUCGAGUUAUUGGACAGUUGCAGAACAAGGAUUUAACAGUACUCAUCGAUGGUGGGAGUACCCAUAAUUUCAUCGAUCAAGCAGUGGUCACCAAAUAUGGCUUACCUGUUGAGAAAAGCAAGAAGUUUCAUGUUAUGGCAGCCAACAAAGAUAGAAUUGAAUGUGCUGUUCUGGGUGUCGAAUGGCUUACUACACCUGGACCGAUCGAAACCGAUUAUGCCCGCCUCACUAUGACAUUCAAACAAGAUGGGAUCAUUCAUACUUUUCAAGGAGUCCAACAAGGACUAGAAGUCCUUUCUCAGAAGGAAUGCCAAAGCUCCCACGGGUCAGUAGGAUUGGGUACAGGAUUCUUCCUCCAGCUGGUUGCCACAUCAGCCACCAAAAAAAUCUCAACCCACCCACCAGAAUUAGAUAGACUCCUCUCCAAAUUUCCAGUAGUCUUCCAAAAUCCUACGACUCUUCCACAACAGAGAUCCCAUGACCACCGAAUUCAACUUCUGGCGAAUAACCCUCCUGUGAAUGUGCGUCCCUACCGUUACCCACACUAUCAAAAGGCCGAAAUAGAGAAAAUUGUUCGUGAACUUCUCCAAAUAGGACUCAUACGUCCCAGCCACAGUCUGUUCUCUUCACCGGUGUUAUUAGUUAAGAAAGCAAGUGGGGAGUGUUGGGAGGAACAUCUGAGCCAUCUCCAUACAGUUCUCUCCAUUCUUGCCGCUAAUCAUUUGUUUGCAAAGGAGUCAAAAUGUGUUUUUGGGGUGACUACUGUUGAAUAUCUGGGCCACAUAAUUUCUUCAGCAGAAGUAAGUGCUGACCCUGUCAAGGUGCAAAACUUUCGAGAAUGGCCAACCCCGUCGACCAUCCGGGAGGUUUGUGGAUUUCUGGGUUUAGCAGGAUAUUAUCGGAAGUUCAUUAAACACUUCGGAGGCAUUGCACCGCCCCUCACUAAAUUACUCAGCAAGGAAGGAUUUCAUUGGACUCAAGAGUGCGACGUUGCUUUCCAACAGCUGAAGACGGCACUAACCACAGCCCCUGUUCUGGCACUUCCAGAUUUUUCACAGCCUUUUGUUAUUGAGUGUGAUGCCAGUGGAAUUGGAAUUGGUGCGGUAUUGUCCCAAAAUGGACGACCCCUUGCUUAUUUCAGUCAAGCAAGGCUCGUCCGCACUGAUCAACAAAGUCUGAAAUACUUGUUGGAGCAGCGCAUAACAACACUGGCUCAAGCACGUUGGUUACCAAAACUACUUGGGUAUGAUUACCACAUUGAAUAUAAACAUGGGAAUGAAAACCAAGUUGCCGAUGCCCUCUCUCGAGUUGAGCUCAAUUUCAUUUCAAUUUCCACACCACAAGCGGAUUGGUGGAGCCAUCUGUAG